UUGUAUAUCGCUUUCAAUUUAUAACGGUGAUACUGUGACUUUUUUUGUGGCCUUGUGCUUUGUUCAUUAUUGUAUUUGUUGAAAUAAAGUUUUUUUUUUUUUUUUGUUUCGACGGUUCCAGGAUCUUUAGUUUUGGUUUUUGCACGUUUUUGGCACGUGAUUUUUUUUUUCUUCAAACACCGUUUUAAGAUAAAGAGCUAGUUUGUGUCUUUCGGGUUGGAUUUUUUUUUUUCUUAAAACUUUACUGAGGAAAGAAAAAGCAGUUUGGUGAAAUCAGGCGUGCCCGUGGAGAUAGGUGUCGUUGUUCCCACGGGCUUUGAACGCAGCACGACACAGGUGUGGUCAGCUGGUCCGCGGCCUUCCAGCGGCACAGAGCGACACUUUCCACGGCCACGUGUUCCUUUGACCUAAAGAAGCAGGAUGAAGACUCCGCCACAGCAAAUAGGGAAGUCAAAUUAAAGGAACUUCAGGAGGUGCUUAUAAAAGUUUGAUGCUUCUUCUGGAAAGGGAGAUAGACGUGAAAAAAGCUCCCCAUCCAUAACUGCAUCGGCUCAGCUGCACUCUGGUUUUUGCACAGACAUCCUGUGAAGACGUGACACACAAACGCAGCGCUGACGGAACGGUAACCGUGAAGUGAGUCUGUGCCUGCAGGAGUGUCACUGGGUGGCCGUGGAAAUGAAGUGGAUCCAUGUGGAGCUUCAUGAUGUUGCAGCAUGAAUCCUAAAGGCCGAGUGGUGCAGAAGCUCUCUGCAACACCAAAAACAAUGUGAAUGUUUGAUCUGAAAGACCACAUGACAUAACUAGAAAUGUCCACAUUUUGGAGUGAAGACGACUCUGAUUUUUGGAGGAACUUGUGCACUGUUCUGAUCCAGAGGUGGAUUGAGAAGGUUUUGUGUGGAUCGUAGGACCAUCACCUCCUGUCAAACUGGUUUUCCGUGAGGUCGUCCAAAUGGCGGCGAAGGACUACAAUCAUCUCUUCAAACUGCUCAUCAUUGGAGACUCGAAUGUGGGGAAGAGCAGCCUGUUGCUACGCUUCGCAGACAACUCCUUCUCUGGAAGUUACAUCACCACCAUUGGCGUCGACUUCAAGAUCCGGACUGUGGAUCUGGAUGGGGAACGUGUCAAACUGCAGAUUUGGGACACAGCGGGCCAAGAGAGGUUCCGAACCAUCACCUCAACGUAUUACAGAAACACCCACGGCGUCAUUAUUGUUUAUGAUGUCACCAAUCCAGAGUCCUUUGUAAAUGUUAAGAGGUGGUUAAAUGAAAUAUCCCAGAACUGUGACAGCGUCUGCAAAAUCCUGGUGGGAAACAAGAACGACGACCCUUCCAGGAAGCAGGUGGAUACCCAGGAUGCUCUGCGUUUUGGAGAGUCUGUUGGGGUUCGGGUGUUUGAAACCAGCGCUAAAGAGAACAUCAAUGUAGAAGAGAUGUUCAUGGCCUUCACUCGCAUGGUGCUGCGGGCCAAGAAGCAGAGUCAGAACCGAGCUGAGAGGGAACGAGAGAAAGACACAGUCAAUAUCAACGUUCAGAGAGAUCGAGGGCGCCGCAAGAAAGCAAAGAAAUGCUGCUGAGACGCCGCAGUGCCACCUCCGCCUCUUUAACAAAAGAGUCCAUAUGUGUGUGUGCAUGUCAGAAAAUAUGCGCUUCACUGAUCCCAACACAGUGACUGCAGGUUUAAGUGUAAAUGUGCCUGAAGUUGCCUUGCUCAAUGAACUAAAGGACCAUUCUGAUUUUUUUAUUUAUUUUUUUGCCCAUUUGGUGUGAUGCUUAUUUUACGUCUGACUAAAUAAGCCUGUUCUAGUCAUGGACAUUUUGGCCUGAGGGUGGCGCUCUUGUUUAUUUUGUACAGCUUGAAUGAGCUACUGUGGUUUCUGUGACCUCUGACCUUUUGUGUGACGCACUCCCACUGUGACGCAGUCGUAGAAGGUGCGCUCAUUCACGCGUGCGUCCCUUUGAAGUUACUUCAGUGAUUCACACUGUCACAGCUGACAAUCUUUAGUGUUUUCUUACUCCAGCGUGAAACCUGUGGAAGGGAACUCGUACUAAACCGUAACCACUAAACCAUGUGAUGACUGCAGUCAUUAGAAUGAGUCGGUGGAACUUUAUCACAAUCUGAUCAAAAUGUUUGUUCUGAGUGCUUUUAUCUUUUUUUGUAAUGAAACUGAUGUAACAAAUAAAUUGCAAUAAAUCCUGAUUGUACUGAA